AUGGAAUCUAUAGGGGGGAGGGGAGGUGCACGGAAGAGGGGUCUGGCCCACAGAAUAUAUCCCCAAAGUAGGCUAGAUCUAGAUUAUUCUGGAUUUCCAUUUUGCAAAACUGGUCCAUCCUGCUCAAAGGAAAUUCCCCCAAAGAGACUGGAUCCAGAAUAUUCUGAAAGGAUGGAGCCUCGCCCAUCCUCAGUACCUAAAAGAAAAAGGAGGCAGGAUACAGGAGAUUUGGAACAUUUUACCAUUGCUGUUAGUGACAUAUUGACUGAAAAGUUAAACAGAAAGAGAUUCAAGUGGAAAAGAGAAUGA